UCCAACAAUAGUAUACACUAUAAAGAUGAGAAUACAGUUUAUCCUUGCCUUUCUGACUAUGAGUGUUAGUGUUUCAGGAGACUGUAAUGCUGGUCAUGGAAAGACAACUUGUAUCACAGAAGAUCUACUUCAGAUGUUCAUAAGAGUAAACAGACAAAGUGACAUAAAACCAGAGAGGCCUGGUUUCCUAGCUUUCGUGAAGAAUCAUCCAACACUGUCCAACAAUGUGAUAAAGUUUGAUGAUGUAGAAAUAAAUAUUGGAAACCAUUACAACCCUACCACUGGAGUUUUCACUGCACCUGGAAAUGGCCUCUAUGUCUUGUCUUCCAUGAUUAUGGCAUAUGGUAGUACAACAAUUCAGUAUGAAUGGCGAAAGAAUGAUUCUAUUUUUUCUUACGGAUAUACAGACAAAGCAUACAGUAGUUUUCAGUCCCAGACAUUUAUCUUUGAACUGAAGAAAGGGGAUCGUAUUUACAUAAAGCACCGAACUUCAAGUAGUGAAAAACUACACGGAGUACACUACCUCUUCUUAUAUUUAUUAAUUUCCGUCUCUACACAGUGACGUCCUAUUUCACAGAUGUAGAUUUGUAAUGAAACAGAAAGCCAUCGCUGUCUUGUAGUUAAAGAAAUUUGCAAAUUAUUGAAUUGGUGAAAUUUCUUCAAAUGCUGCUUUUCAAUUUAACUUUUUCACAUCCGUGAUUAAAAAAAUCUAAUUAAAGUGUAUGACAAAAUUUAUUUGCGAGAAUGAUAAUUUACUCAAUAGGCGAUGUCAAUGAAAACUUUUAGAAUGUAUGAAUUUAAAACAAAAUAUUUACCUAAAAAAGUAUAACAAUGACAGAAAGAUGGAAAAUAAAGUGGACGAAAAGGAUUUACUAUGUGAUGGAAUCUAAGGUAGAGGAAUGUAUUAACGGCAUCUAAAACAAAUUAAAUAAAUCUCCUGGGUUUGAUGGUCUUGUAUUAAAAAUGUAUAGACAAUUUUGGGAUAUACUAAAAUUAUUAGUUGUGAAUAUCCUAAAUACCGGCUACGAUAGACAACGUUUACCAUAUUCACAACUCACCAGUAUAUUAACUUUGAUAUUCAUUAAGAGUUAUCCUUUGUUUUAGAAAACUAUCGUCUCGUUUCACUUCUUAAUACAGAUUUUAAACUUU